GUUUUGGUAUUUACAAAUAAAAAUCGGUACCACAGAUUACUGGAAACGCGCCAUCUUUGAGAUGUUGGUUUAGUUAUUAUUAUAAAUAGCUUUAAUUGAUUCUAGAGUUGUCCAACUUCGUCCUCCAUUGCCCAAUAGUAGUACUUGUGGAACGCUGGACCUCGUACCACGUCACAAUGGUAUUUCAUAGAGGAUUACCAUCAGUUCAUCAUCAUCAUUUCACGCUCUCUGUAUUCCUAUUGUUAUGUGUUAUUCAGUUCUAUUUCUUCAACCUCAGUCUCUCUCAGCGAUUGCCAGAAUAUGAAGUUGAGGCUCUAAAACAAAUAGGAAAGACACUAGGAAUGACGGGCUGGCAGUUCGACGCCACUGAUCCAUGUACUAGUGGUCUUAAGGGCGUUAACUGUAGCUGCGGUUUCUCUAACAACACCAUCUGCCACGUUUUUGCAAUAGUCAUUCCUGAGGAGAGCCUACCGGGCGUUUUACCAAAAGAGAUUGUCAGGCUUCCAUACCUCGAAACACUUGACCUUCGUCGGAACUACCUUAACGGCACAGUUCCUAAAGAAUGGGGUACACUGGAGAAAUUGGAAACUCUCCUCCUCACUGGGAAUCGAUUAUCCGGCCAAUUCCCGGAAGAGAUAGGAAAUAUCUCUACUCUUAAAAGAUUACAGUUGGGCUUCAAUCAGUUCACGGGGCCUUUUCCUUCAAAGAUUGGAGAUAUUGCAGGCAUAAAUAUCAUACGGAUGGUGGGGAACAAUUUUACUGGGGAAUUGCCAGAGACAUUUUCUAAACUAAUUAACUUGACAAACUUCUGGAUAAGUGACAAUCAGUUUACUGGAAAGAUACCCAGCUUUAUAAAGAAGUGGACGAACCUGAGAAGAGUAGAAAUUCAAGCAAGCGGUUUGGAAGGACCAAUUCCAUCUGAAAUAUCUGUCUUGGAAAAAUUAGAAACCUUGAAGAUCAGUGAUUUAAAUGGUAAAGAAGGUUCAUUUCCGCCCCUCGAUAAGUUAAAAAGGCUGAAGACACUUGUACUAAGGAGUUGCAAUAUCAACGGAACGUUACCUGACUAUCUUGGCAGCAUGGGAUCACUUAGGCACUUAGAUCUCAGUUUUAACCAACUUUCGGGAGAAAUUCCAAGCACCUUUGCUGGACUUUCUAAUGUGCAAAAUAUGUACUUAACUGCCAACUUUCUGACUGGACCUUUACCGAAUUGGAUGCAAUAUGGAAGAGUAAACACCAUUGAUCUUUCAUACAACAAUUUUACAUUGGGAAUUUCCGACGGCUGUCAAAUGAACACAAAUAUAAAUUUAUUUGGAAGCUCUUCAAUGAGGAACCACUCCACUCGCAUACCUUCAUGCAUGGAGAGCCUUGUUCAUUGUCAACCGGAUCGUUAUGCAUUCAACAUAAAUUGUGGUGGAAGAGAAGUUAAUGGAAAUGAUAAUACAAAAUAUGACGCCGAUCUGGGUGCAGAGGGCCCAUCGAACUUUUACCAAAAUAUUCCUAAUUCAUGGGCCGUUAGUAGCACCGGAGAUUUCGCAGUCAACGGUGGUAGUGAAUCUUAUAAGAGUGAACUUCCAGCAAAUAAUAAUAAUACACUCUCGACGAUUGACCCAGAAUUAUACCUGACCGCUCGCCUUUCUCCCCUCUCUCUAACUUAUUACGGGUACUGUUUGAUUAAUGGGAAUUAUACGGUGAAACUCCACUUUGCUGAGAAUGUAUUCCCAGAUGAUGAAUCAUAUGGAAGUCUUGGGAGGCGUGUAUUCAAUGUCUACAUUCAGGGGAAGCUAGAGUUGAAAGAUUUUGAUAUUGCAAAAGCAGCAGGUGGGGCUCGGAAGGCAGUGAUUAUAAUACUCUUUGCGGUUGUAUCUAGUAAUACUUUGGAAAUUCGUUUCAGUUGGGCUGGCAGAGGCACACAAAGGAUUCCUAAUAAUGCAAACUAUGGUCCUCUUGUUUCAGCCAUUUCUGUGCUGAAUCCUGAUGUUGUACCUCCUGGAAAGAAAAUAUCUGCCGGUGUUCUGGUAGGAUUAGUUGUCGCAUCUUUAUCAUGCGUUGUCUUCAUUAUUCUGGCUGCUUUAUGGUGGAAGGGGUAUUUGGGGAGAAAAAAUGAUAUUGAUCAAGAGCUGAGAGGUUUGGACCUAAACACUAGUUCUUUCACAUUGAGGCAAAUAAAAGCUGCCACAAACAACUUUGCUGCUGAAAACAAGAUUGGUGAAGGUGGUUUUGGACCUGUUUAUAAGGGUCAUCUUUUAGAUGGUACUAUAAUUGCUGUGAAACAACUAUCGUCCAAAUCUCAGCAAGGAAAUCGUGAAUUUGUAAACGAGAUUGGAAUGAUUUCCGCCCUGCAACACCCUAACCUUACAAGGCUUUAUGGAUGCUGUAUCGAAGGAAAUCAGCUUCAUCUCAUAUACGAGUACAUGGAAAAUAAUAGCCUUGCCCGUGCUUUGUUUGGUGACAAAGAGGCCCAAUUGAAGCUUGAUUGGCCAAUAAGGCACAAGAUUUGUGUGGGUAUAGCAAGAGGCUUAACUUAUUUGCAUGAAGAAUCAAUGCUGAAGAUUGUUCAUAGAGACAUCAAGGCUACAAAUAUACUUCUUGAUAAGGAUCUGAACCCGAAGAUUUCUGACUUUGGUUUGGCAAGACUCGACGAGGAAGAAAACACCCAUAUUAGCACUCGAAUAGCGGGUACUCGUGGCUACAUGGCACCAGAGUAUGCACUGAGAGGUCAUCUGACAGAUAAAGCAGACGUUUACAGUUACGGAGUUGUUGCUUUAGAAAUUAUCAGUGGGAAGGGAAAUACGAGUUACAGGACAACAGAAGCAGAGCGUGCUUAUCUUCUUGAUUGGGCUUUAGUCCUACAAGAGAACGGGAACUUAAUGGAAUUAGUUGAUCCAACGUUGAAUUCCUAUGAUGAAGAAGAGGUUUUACGAGUGAUUAAUAUAGCUCUCGCAUGCACUAGCACUUCUCCAAUACUAAGGCCUAAAAUGUCAUCGGUAGUCAGCAUGCUUGAAGGUGGAAUUCCUUUCGGUGAACUUGUUUUGAAUCCAAUAAGCGAAUCUAGCAAUGAUUUGAAAUCCGAAGCUAUUGUAGACUAUCAUGAACAGAAGAACCCUGACCAGAGCAUGGCAGAGCGUAGCGAAACACGGAGUAUAUCAUCAGAUGUUCCAUGCUCAGAGUCAUCCACAUCUGCUGUUGAUCUUUAUCCACUCAUUAUGGAUUCGGAAUACUGGAGGAACAAGGAGUCGGAGUACUGAACUUCGAACCUAUUUGAAUCAUGAAAUUAUAUCGGAAGAUGCCGUUGGCAAAGUCUACUCUAAAUAGUUUUAAUAAGGUUGUUGGGGCUUGUCCCUUUGUUCUAGUUGGUUAUUUGCGGUAGGAGAUGUUUUUUGUUUUUUCUGCUUGCUUUUCGUUGUUUGUUGGGGUCUUCUUAUUGGAACCGUAACAAUGAAACUGCGAAAAUUAGAUGAA